AUGAGGACACUAGGCAAGAUGGCAGCUGCCCCGCUAUACUGUGUGUGCCGGCAGCCUUACGAUUUCAACCGGUUUAUGAUUGAAUGUGACAUUUGUAAGGACUGGUUUCAUGGCAGCUGUGUUCAGGUAGAGGAACACCAUGCUGCUGAUAUCGACGUCUAUCACUGUCCUAACUGCCAGCCCAUCCACGGACCUUCUCUCAUGAAAAAGAGACAGAACUGGCACAGACACGAUUACACGGAGGUGGAUGACGGGCGACCGGUUCAGGCAGGCACUCCCAUCUUUAUACAACAGCUCCAGGCCAGGAACUUCCCCAGCGCUGAUGAGCUCGUGGUACGGAUGCAGGGUCGUCAGGUGACCCCCGAUUACCUGGAGACGGAGGGCUUCGAUUAUCCCAUCAUCGUGCAGGGCAUGGAGGGGCUGGGACUCCGACUGCCCCCACCGUCCUUCUCGGUCAGAGACGUCCAGCACUACGUGGGUGGAGACAAAGUCAUCGACGUGAUCGACGUCGCCAGGCAAGCGGACAGCAAGAUGAAGCUGAGGGAGUUCGUCAAGUAUUAUUACCAGCCCGAACGCCCCAAAGUGCUGAAUCUGAUCAGCCUGGAGUUCUCCGACACCAAGAUGGCAGAGCUGGUGGAAGUGCCAAACAUCGCUCGUGAGAUCUCCUGGGUGGAGAAGUACUGGCCGGACGACUCCAUCUUCCCCAAGCCGUUCGUGCAGAAGUACUGCCUGAUGGGAGUGAAAAACAGCUACACGGACUUCCACAUCGACUUCGGGGGCACGUCCGUCUGGUACCACGUCCUCUGGGGGGAGAAGAUCUUCUACCUGAUCAAGCCAACCAAGGAGAACCUCGCUCUGUACGAGACGUGGAGCUUGUCAGCCAAUCAGAGCGAAGUGUUCUUCGGGGAGAAGGUCGACCAGUGUUUUAAGUGUGUGGUGAAGCAGGGCAGCACCGUACUCCUCCCUACAGGUUGGAUCCACGCGGUGCUCACCUCUCAGGACUGCAUGGCGUUCGGAGGGAACUUCCUACACAACCUGAACAUCAGCAUGCAGCUCAGGUGUUACGAGAUGGAGCGGAGGCUGAAAACUCCAGAUCUCUUCAAGUUUCCUUAUUUCCAGGCCAUCAGCUGGUACGUGGCCAAGAACCUGUUAAAGACCCUGAAAGAGUUACGGGAGGAAAAGUGCCAGCCUCAGGAUUACCUGGUGACGGGAGUGAAAGCUCUGAUUUCCUCGCUGAAGACGUGGCUGAGGAGGGAGUUGACGGCACCGAACAGCGAGGUUCCGGACCACAUCCGGCCGACCCUUCUCAUCAAGGAGCUGAGCAGGGAGGUCCGACACCUGGAGGAGGAUCCGAGCAGGCUGGAGAAAUCUCAGGGAGAUGUGGGGAUCGUGUCUGCCGGUUCCUCGCUCGAGAGACGGCAGCAGGCGCGGCGAGCUGCUCAGCGGCUCCGCGGUCGUCAUCACGAUCACGAUCACGAUCACGAUCACCACUAUCACCAUGAACCUAAACUUCCGUCCAACCUGGACCUCCUGGAGCUGCACACUCAGGAAGUGCUCAAGAGGCUGGAGGUUGGGCCUCUAGAGCAGCAGGACGUGCCCGUCAGCUCCAAGGUGAACAACACGUUUCAGAAGGUCGUUCCACCGUCGCCAGUGACCGUGGAUGCCCACCCUGACAACGCGCUGAGACUGGUACUGUGUAACGGGCGCAUCAUCCGAGAGAGGCUACGUCUUGGAAACGCCACUCUGAAAGAUAAGAGGAACGAGCUAUCACCAUGCCAACAGCAUCACGUCAAGACAGAAAAACCAGCGUCAUGGCAACAAGAGAGAGUUAAAACGGAGACGGUGGGGGCGGAGUCGGGGGCGCUACACACGAGUCCCGAAUCAGCCGCUAAUCAUGAACUCAGGAUAACGCUAAAGAACCUCUCAGGGUCUGUGAGGGAGGAGGAGGAGGAGGAGGAGGAAGCAGCCAUUGUGAAGGUAGAGUUACAGAAGCACUGUUCAGAUUCAGGGAGCUCUGAGGACGAGGAGGAGCGUGAGGAACACGAGACGAGCGACUCGGAGAGUCUUCACGGAACACCUAAAUGGGAGUGUCCGUCCACCCCCGGCGUGGUUCCAGAGCGGGGCGCUGUGCCUCAGGAGCUGUGGUGGAGCAGCAGUAACGGCGGUACGGUGGAGACGUUCUCUCCUGCCUUCCAUCCAUCCAAGAGACACGUCCAUAACAGCAGCCCCAUCAGCAACCAGGCCACCAAAGGAAAACGUCCGAAGAAGGGCAUGGCUACGUCCAAGCAGAGGCUGAACAAGCUGCUGAAAAUGAGCACACACACCCGCCUGCUGUUGUAGCAAUACCGCCACACACACACACACACACACACACACACACACACACACACACACACACUGUACUCGUACCAUGCAUGAUUACCCAGCCAGGUAUUUUGGAAUGGCACUACCACGCUGCUUCACCACACAAAUCUGUCAGUAUAUGUAUAACCAGUGCAGGGAAAAUUGUAUUCAUGUAAACUAGCCAAAAGUUUUUGGACGGCUGUCUAUGCGAUGCUUAUAGGGUGUUACUGAAGUGGUUAGACUCACGGUCUGCAUUCCAGUACUGCUAACACACCCUUGAUGUGUUCAAAUUAUUCAUUCAAGAAAAGCCUCAAAUGUCUCCUCGGUGUGAGAG